CUCGCAGAGGCGUUGGAGAUGUUCUCAGUUAGGCCACCAUCACCACCACCAGCUCCACCGCUGUCUCUCCCCGUGCCUCUCUUUCGCUCUUCACAAUGAAGAAGAAGAACCGCGAAGCAGCCUCCGGACUCCGCCUCCUGCUCCUCCGGCGCCGCCGGUUACAGUCUCGCCUCCGCCUCCUCGCUCCGGUGGUCUCCGCCGUGUCCGGCGUCAUUCUCCUUCUCUUCGCGCUGUUCACUUUCCUUGCUCCGGCUCCGAUCAGCAGAAAUGAGCUCCUCUUCCGCCGGAACAGCUCGUUGAGCAGUGGAUUGGAGGCUCAAUCGAGUGCCGAUCGGGACGUUGUAUUUCGUGUUCCGGCUACUGGAGGGAGUUUAGGUAAUGAUAUGUGGACUUCGAGGUUAUCGAAAUUCUACUAUGGUUGCAGUAAUGCUAGCGUUAAGUUCUCCAAAGUUGGUGUCAGCACACAACGGAAUAGAUACUUGUUGAUUGCUACCAGUGGAGGCUUAAAUCAACAAAGAACAGGGAUAACAGAUGCAGUUGUUGCAGCUCGUAUUUUGAAUGCCACUCUUGUUGUUCCCAAGUUGGACCAGAAAUCUUUUUGGAAGGAUAGCAGCAACUUUGCUGAAAUCUUUGAUGCGGAUUGGUUUAUUUCAUUUCUAUCAAAAGAUGUUAAAAUCAUUAAACAGCUUCCUAAAGAGGGAAGGAAGAUUAUGGCUCCAUAUACCAUGCGUGUUCCAAGGAAGUGCACUCCAAGUUGCUAUCAGAAACGUGUCUUACCUGUUCUCACUAAAAAGCAUGCUGUUCAGCUCACUAAGUUUGAUUAUAGGCUUUCAAAUAGGCUGGACAUGGAUUUACAAAAGCUGAGAUGUAGAGUUAACUACCAUGCUUUGAAAUUUACCGAUUCAAUUCUUGAAAUGGGUAAAAAGUUGGUUGAGAGGAUGAGGAUGAAAAGCAAGCAUUUCAUUGCCCUGCAUUUGAGGUUUGAACCUGAUAUGCUUGCAUUCUCUGGAUGCUAUUAUGGUGGAGGAGAAAAAGAAAGGACAGAACUGGGCGCAUUAAGGAAGAGGUGGAAAACUUUACAUAUACGCAACCCUGAUAAGGAAAGGAGGCAGGGAAAAUGCCCCCUCACUCCAGAGGAAGUUGGUCUUAUGCUGAGAGCAUUGGGCUUUGGUAGUGAUGUUCACAUCUAUGUGGCAUCUGGUGAAGUAUACGGAGGUGAAACAACAUUAGCACCCCUCAAGGCACUCUUCCCAAAUUUCCAUUCAAAAGAUACUAUAGCCAGUGAGGAAGAGCUGGCCCCAUUUUCGUCCUUUUCUUCUCGUAUGGCUGCCCUAGACUUCAUUGUUUGUGAUGAAAGUGAUGUUUUUGUCACCAACAACAAUGGCAACAUGGCUAGAAUGUUGGCUGGACGAAGGAGAUACUUUGGCCAUAAACCCACAAUCCGACCCAAUGCUAAAAAGCUCUAUCGCUUGUUCAUGAAUCGAAAUAACAUGACAUGGGAAGAGUUCGCCUCUGGGGUGCGAAGUCGUCAAAUUGGCUUCAUGGGGGAGCCAAAUGAGGUAAGGCCUGGCAGGGGCGAGUUUCAUGAAAACCCGUCCUCCUGCAUAUGUGAACUUCCCGAAGCCAAGGCCAGAGGAGAUUUAGGUUCUAAAGUACAGGCUAAUGUCGGGACUGAGGACCUGAGCACAGGGAAGGAUAGUGAACAGGCGGAUGAGCAGCCAACUGAGGAUGAGCAUGAUUGGAUUGAUAUGGACUAUUCAGAGAAUGAAAAUGGCCUUCAAGGGAAAGGGUCCCUCAACCUAACAGACUCAGAUUUGGGCGGUCUUCUCAAGGCCGAUCCCCAGCCAGAAUUGGAAGAGAUGUUCUCGGACUAAAUGAAUGAACCAACAUUUCCCUUGGGCAGAGCUGUAUGGUGUACCUAGCCCAUUCUUACAUCAAAUUCUUUGGGUCAUAUUUUGUUACCCCUUCACAUUUGCUUCCAUGAUUUCUUAUCAAAGAGGCAGUGGCAAAAAAACAUUUUUUGUAUAUAAGAGCCGUUGGCAAUUGGGCGAUUGAAUCCGAGUCCUGCAAGUAACAGCUCAGUAGCAAGGCAGAAACAUCGGGCACCUGUCUGAAGACCAGGGUCAUGGAAAAAAAAGUGGAAUUUGCGGUGUUUUUCCUAGAAAAGUUGUAUUUAUAGAGGCGUGGAUGAAAAGAUUGGUUUAGGAAAUGCAAAGCUCUUUUUUUUUUUUA